AAAAAAUUAAUUAUCUGUCAGUCCUGUGUUAGCUGAUAACCUCGUCAAGCGUAGAAGCAAUAUGAAAUGUAAUGGAAAAGAGUUUGAAAAGCGAAAGAAAGUUAGUUUUGUUCUAAUAUUUUAUUUAAAUAUAUUACACAGAAACUUCUUUUACUAAUCUGUGGAGCCAGAUAUGUGGAUAUAUUUUUUAAAACUUGCAAAAAUUAAUCAUUAAACACUACGGAAGAAAAGCCAAAUCUACGUGUUCUCAGGCUCGUGCUAAAUAAAACUUAUAUGUAUACUUUUAAAUUGGUUCUCCUUAUCUCAUCCAACAAAUCUACAUAAAUCUUGCACACACAUGACUCCAUUCGAAAUUAGUUCUAGACAAACCUUUCGUUAGGAUAUCGGCAAUGAUAUUUGAUAUUUAUAAAUAAUAUAUUGUUUAGUCUAUUGCCAACAGUUCCCUAACCAAAUUUUAUAUCAAUGUGCUUUGUAGUCUUUGUACAUUGGUGAUGCAGUUGAGCAGUUGUUCCCCGUAAAUACUUUGUACGUAAUAAUUUGACUGAAAGAAACGUUUUUGAAAACUAAUUACUAAAGUACAAAAGUAAUGUGAAAAGAAUUAAAGAGAUUAUAUUUUUGUUAUACUUAGCUUCGUUCAGCUUAACUGCCUUAAGCUGUGAACAUAAAAAACAAAGUCUUCCGCAUCUAUGGUGAACCGUGAAUAUAAUAUUGUUAUUUGUUAGUGUAGAUACUAGAUUGUUUCCGAAGUUAGUAAACUCACUUAAGUGUGGUUAAAUUAUAAUUCAAGCAAUGGAAUGAUUGCAAUAUAAGUAACAAUUAUUAAGCAAUCUAGGUUUGUGGAAACAACUUUCCCACUACGAACUAUGAAUCUAUCAGAUCCUUCAGAUGGUGGGUCCAGCAGCGAUGAGAGUUCCAUCCCGGCAAAACGCCGACGAUCAGAUACCUUUGGUGCUUCGUCUACGACCUCUCACGGCUCUGCUGUUCAAGAUGAUUCAGAUGAUGAAAAUAAAGCAUAUGGUGAUCGUAGCUCAGAUGUUGGGCAAGACAACAGUACUACUGGACUCACCGUGAAACCAUUGCAAAGAAGUAGUAGGUUAAGUCAAAGUAGCUUGAGUGAAAAUUGUUCUUCUCCCAAUGACGGCUAUAUAGAUGAUUUUAGACCAGCAUUUGAUGACAAUGAUGAGGUUUCUAUAAGACCUAGCUUCUGUGGCAGUGGAGAAAAUUCAUUUUAUAAUAAAGCACCAGAGGAGUUUACAAAUGAUAUAAAUGAUGCAUUUAAAAGUGAAUAUUCAGAAAAAUCUAAGAGAAUAAUGAGCAAUAUGGGUUAUAAGCCUGGCAAAGGGUUAGGUAAAUUUGAACAUGGAAGGGUUGACCCCGUUCAGGCCUCAACACAAAAGGGUCGAAGGGGUUUAGGUUUGACUCCAUCAUUGGUAGGAGAAGUACCUACAGAUUUUAAGUGGUCACCUGAUGAAGCCAAAGCUGAGGCAAAAGAAGAAGUAAUCUGGCUGCCGCCCCCUCCUAUUGAAACCUUAUCAGGAGACAUUUUAGAGGAAUGGUUAACAAAAGGGCCAAAAAAACUAAGCAUAGAUAAUGAAACACAAUUUGUGGAUCCAAACAUUCUACAGGGUAUUUUAAAUGCUAAGACAAUAUUUGACACAUUAGAUGAUGAAGAUUUGAGAAAUGCGAGGUUUCGAAGCAAUCCAUAUGAAACAAUUGGAUCUGUUAUAUUUUUAAACAGGGCAGCUGUCAAAAUGGCUAACAUUGAUGCUGUAUUUGAUUAUAUGUUUACCAAUCCUAAAAAAGAAAAUGGUGAACCAAUGAUCACCGAAAAGGAUAUAUUAUAUUUUGCUGAUGUCUGUGCUGGACCUGGUGGAUUUUCUGAAUAUGUUUUAUUUAGAAAGAGUUGGACAGCCAAAGGAUUCGGUUUUACUUUAAAAGGAGGAAAUGAUUUUAAACUCUUAGACUUCUAUGCUGGUACUCCGGAGACAUUCAAUACAUUUUAUGGUGUGAAGGAUGAUGGCAACAUUUUUGAUCCUGCUAAUUUGAUGUCACUCAAAGAUUAUGUUUUAAAUCAAACAGAUGACAAGGGGGUGCACUUUCUAAUGGCAGAUGGGGGGUUUUCUGUGAGUGGUCAAGAAAAUAUUCAGGAAAUAUUAUCAAAACAGUUAUAUCUAUGCCAGUGUCUUGUUGCCUUGAUGCUGGUGAGAACUGGUGGUCAUUUUGUUGUGAAACUCUUUGAUGUUUUUACUAAAUUUAGCGUUGGUCUUAUUUAUAUUAUGUACAGAUGUUUUGAAAAAGUGUGCAUAUUUAAACCAGUGACAUCUCGGCCCGCUAAUUCCGAGAGGUAUCUAGUAUGUAAGUGGAAAAAGGUGGGCACAGAGUCGGCUGAGCGACAUCUGCAGUCGGUCAACUCAAUGUUGUGGAAUGAGCUUGACAGAGAGGAUGAUAUUACUGAAUUGGUACCAUUGUCUGUGCUCAUGGAUGAUCAGCCCUUUUUUGAGUAUAUUUACAAGAGCAAUUGUGUACUUGGAGAGAAACAAAUCAAAAAUCUACUGAAACUAGCGGAAUUUAGUAAAAACAAAGAAUUAAAUGAGACGUGUCAAGCUGAAAUGAGAGAACAGUGUUUGCAGUUGUGGCAACUUCCUGACAAAGUGAGGACACAGCCUGAGCGUAAGGGACCAGAUGAAACAAUGUUAAGCAUUUUGGCGAAAUUACCAAAGCCACCUGCGGACUCAAACAAUGCAUUUGCUUUUAAAAAUGCAACCCUCAACAAACAGCCGAUAUAUUUGGAGACCCCAGCGGAUAUGAAAUUACUGAAAAACGCAUACGACUGGCAUUUUACAUUUCUCACGAGUAGUAAAGGCAGUACUGAUUUGAGGAUUUUUAUUGGUUGUGGGGGCAAGCGUGUUUACCAAUUAGACGGAACUAGCUGGAGAAUUUUAGCUGACUUGCAAAUAACACUACCUGCAAAUACAAUUUUGUAUGGAGAGAUUGUUAAAGAAUGCCGUGGCCAAAGCAUGCGACAAAUGCACACUAAGGCACUACACGUGAUAGAUGCUCUGAUGUUAGGAGGGAAAGAUAUAUCAUAUUUACCACUAUCAGCUCGAACCAUGGUCAGGUCAAAUGUCAAAAUCAAGAGGUUUAAAAUAUUACUUCCGAAUGGACAAAGAUGGUAAACGGUACAGUGAGUUUGAUAUUCCAGCUGAUGCCACAUUGGAUAUGAUAUCUGCAUACAAGAAUAGGAUUAUGUGGUCAUGGGGUGAUGCUGCCAAUGCCAUUUUCGAUGGUCAAGUACAAAAUGGGGUGUCCAGAACGGAUAUGGAAGUACAUGUCGCUCGUAAUAUUGACAGAUAACUCACUAUGUGUGACUGUAUAUAGUUGUUUUUAUACAUUAUAUUGCAUAAGUGAAAGUAAA